CAUUUCCUAUAUAAAGGGUCAGCGCGUUGAGUUCAGCGCUCCACUCUGCGCGCUGAGUUUGCUGGGAGAACUGAUCGAGCUGCAGGGAAAAUGAAUCAAAUGUUGGAAUGAGGUGCAGUUAGAUUGUGUAUAUUGAUAAGGAGAGCUUUCCGUGGACGGCGGUGGAGCUGGCGCUGUGCAUGGAAUAAAACACGCGGGGACAUAUUGCUUUGUUCAGAGCCAGAUGAAUACGGGCAUCGGCUGUGGAAAUGUUUUGUUUCGAGGUGACACAUCGUGUGCGUGGCACUUGCUGAAACUGUCUGAUGCGCGUUUCAAGUUUUACUUUUAAGGAGGAGUGCCGACUUGAGGUGAAUUUGAUCAUAUUCACGGUCAAACCUCGUAUCUGUAUGACGCUCUGUUAUGUUGUAGGAUGAGCGCUGACCUCGAGAGCGUUUCGCUCAACACGUCGUUGAACUCGAUCGUCUUGGGCGGCCGUGCGCUCUCGACUAACGUCCGAAGGCUGCACAAAGCUCUCAAUAUUCUGCUCAAUGACCGGGAGAGAGAGCAGUUCAUCCACUGUCUCAAUGUUUACCACGCCAAGCGCAACGUCUUCGACUUGGUUCAAACUCUUAAAGUGAUUCUCAACACGCCAGACAAACGGCACCUCUUGCCCAUGUUGCGCCUGGUCAUCCCGAGGUCCGACCAGCUGCUGUUCGAUCAGUACACGUCCGAGGGGCUCUAUCUGAAGUCGGACCUCAUCCCCAGCAACGGCAUCGCAGAGGACUUUGCGGGUGAGGUAGAUUCAGCUGCCAGUUCCAUCCCUGAGCAGGUCCUGUCGUCGUCGGGCUGCCCGGACGGUUUAAGCGCAGCUGCUGAACUCGCUGCGUGCGUGGUCCCACCGUUCUGCGUGGGCCCCUUUGGAGAUACGCGCAAAGUGACCCUCACGCGCUCCAGGAGCCACGAGGGUCUGGGCUUCAGCGUUCGAGGUGGUUCAGAGCACGGCGUAGGCAUCUAUGUGUCCCUAGUGGAGCCAGGCUCAUCGGCUGAGAGAGAAGGACUGAGAGUCGGGGACCAGAUAGUGGCCGCUAAUGACAUCCUGUUUGACAACGUCACUCACAUAGAGGCGGUGAAGGUGCUAAAAGGAUGCAAGACGCUGAACAUGUCUGUGUGCUCCAUGGGACCGACUCCUGGCGGCUACAUCACCAACAAUCUGUACAGCUGGGUGGACCCGCAGGGCCGGAGUGUCUCCCCGCCACCUGAUAGCCAGGAAGACAGUCAAAGGCACGGGCACAGGAUGGAAGAGCGAACGGUGAACCUGAACAUGGAAGGAGGUCGAUCUCUGGGUCUAAUGAUCAGGGGUGGUGCUGAGUAUGGACUGGGCAUAUACAUUACUGGGGUGGACCCUGGAUCUGCUGCAGACAUUGGUGGACUAAAGGUGGGUGAUCAGAUAUUGGAAGUCAACGGUCAGAGCUUUGUGACCAUCUCCCACGAUGAGGCGGUUCAUAUCCUAAAAACAGGGUACAACUUGCUGAUGAACGUGAGGGAUGUUGCCCGUCUACCUCACGCAUGCACAGUGGUGGAUGAGCCCAAAUGUAUCAGCAGUCGGGGAAUAAUCGAGUCCAGUGCGCCUGCUAACCCCAGUUCUGUCCCCAACACCACUAUCAGCAGUGGCAUCCAUGGUAGUGGCAGUUCCAGUAACUGUUGUACAAGACCAUCUUCAGCCAGAGCUACACCUGUAUUAGGAAAGCCAGCAGGAUACAGAGGUGUGGGCCCACCCAGUGCUCAGGUGUCACUGGAACAGCAGGCCUACAUGUUGCUGACAGAUCCAGAGAGGCAAACCAUGGCCUACUACCUGCAGGAGUACCAAGAAGGACAUAUAGGAGUAGAGUCUCUGACCAUGGCUCUGUUUGAGCUUUUCAAUACACAUGCAAAGUUGUCCAUGUUGUCUGAGAUGAGGAGACUGGUGGCGCCACAGGAUCUGGACGUGUAUGAUAGACUGGUGUUGCAACAUGGAAGGGAGUCUCACCAGUCCUGGCGUGGAGGCCUAGAAGUGUGGCAGUCUCAGGGCCACUGUAGCCAUAUAGCCCCUGUGAUCCAUGAUGCAGAGCAAACCAUCCCUGCUAUGGAUGAAACGCAGGCUUCAAGUGAACCUCUUCCACCCUUCAGAGCUGCUUCUGUCCAGGCUCAAAGAAGACCAUUCCCGGAGAAAGAGUUCAAUUGCAAGCCUUCAGCCAAAGUGGUGCAGCCCAUUUCUUGCCUGCUCGUCACUGGUCCCACCCAUUUACUCCAGGACUGUCCCCACAAGCCUAUCAAAUCCCUUCCCACCAGCCAACACCAGCCAAAACCAGCCUCCCCCCACCAUGCAUGCCCUGGUCCCACCCACUACACUUCCCUUAAUUCCCUUCAACACACCUGCCAGAAUUCCUUCCAGCUCUCUGAUUCUGAACACCACAAUAAUCCCCAUUUUGAUUACCAUGUCCACCAUCAUAGCCAGCCCAUUUCAGGUCACCACACCUGCCCAGGUUUCGUGCAUUACCGGGACUUGCCCAGCUCUGCUAAACCAGAGGCAUCUAUCAAGUUCUCUUCUAGAUCCAGCUCCUAUGAAAAGUCUUCCGUCUUGUCAAUGUCUGCAUCCUCUUCAAAAGCAGCAACUCCCCUGCCAUCCCCUCAACCAUCUCACCAUCCCUCACCAUGUCCGUCCCCGUGCCCCUCUCUCAUCACGCCUGCUGCUCCACCCUUCAGCGCUGACCAACGCUGCUCACCUGCUCUCACACAGAAAGUCAUUGUAACAGAAAUGAACCGGCUAUCAGCAGAUGCCAGACCACAGCAAAGAGGGGCCACCCUGUCACAGUUGUCAGACAGCGGCCAGACUCUGAGUGAGGACAGCGGGGUGGAUAUAGCAGAGGCAGGAGGCUUCAGUAAAGAUGGCAGCCCACGACCUAGCAAAACUCACCGGACCCAUCUGGAACAGCCAGGAUUUCAUGCACUUUCUCCAGGGAUUGGCAGACAACAGUCUCCUUCACCUGUACCAGUGCCUACUGCUGUGCUGGUACGAGUGUUGAAAAAUUCAAACACCUUGGGCAUCGCAAUAGAGGGUGGAGGAAGUACACGCCAACCUUUGCCUCGCAUAGUCUCCAUUCAGAAAGGAGGCUCGGCUCAUAACUGCGGCCAGCUGAAAACUGGCCAGGUCAUUCUGGAGGUUGAUGGCAUCCCCUUGCAAGGCCGGGAACACAAAGAUGCUGCCAGGAUCAUCGCUGAAGCCUUCAAGACAAAAGAAAAGGGACACAUUGACUUCCUGGUAGUUGAGCCAGGGCUCUAGUAUUGGAACUUUGCACUUUAUGCAGCUUGGUUUAAGAAAACACUGUUUUACGUGAAAGAUGCUAAACUCCAUAUGGUGUUGUCCUAUAAUCAAGGCUCAUAUUUUAUUUUCAGGGAAAGGAUUAUUGGACUGAUGUAUCAGGUACUUGUUGAUUGCACUCUACAGAAAUUUGCACAAUUUAAAGUAGGUAGUAUGAUAACAAUUGUUAUAAAUACCUGUGCUAUUUGCAGUUGUUUAGUUUUUUUCAUUUUAUUUGUUUCACUAGAAGAGCUAUUAGCACUAAUUGAUGCUACAGCAAGUAAUACUGACAACAGCCAAUCAUGCCAAAGUGAGUGAACCUGGUCUUUGUAUGCUUUUCAUUGUUUAGAGAAUCCAGAGAAACAGAACUGUUUACAGUCUCUUAUGGCAAAGAGCAACAGUAUUAUUGCACUUACCAACUUAGCAUGUAGAACUUCAAUACAAGCACACAGUUAGGUCAGAUUAAUUGCUUAAUUAGAAGAUCCAUUAUAUGGACUAAAAUGUUGGGCCACCUACACACUUUAUCUUCAGUAGCUUUUAAUACAUCUCAUUCCACAGUUAUAGGCAUUGAUAUGGAGUCGGUCUGUCCUUUGAGCUUCCACAGCUUCCACGUUUCUGGGAAACCUCUCUGCAAGGUUUUUCACGUGUCUGUGUGAAGUUUUGCCCAUUCGUCUAGAAUAGCAAACCUGAGAUCAGCCACUGAUGGUGGAAGAGAGGACCUGUGUCACAAUCUCCAUUCUAGUUCACCCCAACAGUGUUUGAUGGGGUUGAGGUUGGGGUUCUGUGCACCAACCAACCAUGCAUUUCUGUACUUGCAUUAUGGUAAAUGGUGAAUGAACUGAUUCCUAUAUAGCGAGCUGUUGUUUAGUGAGUGAAAGCUUACUGAGCUGUCAGUCAGACUAGAAAAAUGCUUCAGUCCAUUUUGGUCCAUUUUAAUUGCUUCUAAGAUUGCCAGUAAUAAACAUAAUGAGUACCACGUGAUCACAACUGGCAGGAUUUAGUGAUAAAAGCCAAUUUACAAUUAAAGAUGACCAAGCAACUCAAGCAGACUAAUAAGUAAUAAGUGUGUUUUUUCUUUUUUUAGUGACACUAGUUUUACAGUAUUUAAUAGCUCCACACAAAUACAAAUGGAAUACUAUCUUGUACAUAUUACAUGAAUAACUAAAACAGUUUAAUUCUAAUAAAUAUUAUAAUAACAACACUUUAUUAUAUUAUUAUAAUCCUACUCCACCUUUAACUCUUUUUUUUCACCCAGCUGUAUAUGUUUGUGCCAUCCUCACCAUGAAACCAUGUCCAAACACAUAUACUGUAGAUAUCAGUGCGAGUCUGACAUGAAUCACCAUAUAUGAUUAUGAUAUUCAUGUUUAUACAGAAAGCAGUUUGACCAACUACUUACUGAAUGGAGGAACUCACAGUUUGCCCAUACAGCUGUUGCUGAAAAUCAUCUAAAAAUGAUAUAAAAUCACUGGACAUCAUCAUCAACAGUGAACUGCAUCACUCCUAAUUAGAGUUUACAUGGAUUUAUUGCAAAACUGUUGAAAUAAAGUGCUUUGGCUUUACUGGGGAUACUAACAAAGUUGAUUAAUAUUUAUAAAAGAUAAAAUCAUCCCUGUUCUUAUCAUUGAUAAAUACUAUGAAAUAUUGAAUGAUUGUAUAAUGAAAUAGCUACAGAAAAGAGUGAUGCUUCUGAAAAAGUAAAAAUCAUUUCAAUGUCUUAGUCUUAAAAUGGUUGUGAAAGUUUUCAAUCAUUCAUCAGUUGAAGGGACUGACUGACUCAUGUUUUGACAUAUAUGGUGAAGCUUUCGAUUGUUGCUGUCUUUUGUUGAGUCUGUGAGUUGCAGAGAAAACUGCAAUAUGAGUAAUUUUUCUGCUUUGAGAAUUGUACCAAAAUGAUUGAGUCCAUAAAUGUCUGGGAACGUAGGAAACUAGUUGUUGGACUUUUGGGAGAGAAAACCUGUUCAGGCAGCCGAUACACAGACGUCUUUUAUUAUAAAGCCUUGCUGUUUUAAUAGACACAGCGUGCCACUUAGCAUUGUGUUGCUGAAACAUGUACGCCCUUCCAUAACAAAAGGUCAGUGGCAGCUUGUCUUGCACACUCAUCUCCCAUCAGUCUACCAUCAAAGACCGGAGGUUUAUCCACAAUGUGCAUGCACAAACAACCAGAAAAAGCCUUCUCAGCUUGACAGGUUCCAGUGUUUGUUAAGGAGACACUUACACACCUGUGAAAUCAAGAAACACUUUAUUUUAAAAAUGGGAUCCAAGGCAAGAGCAGCUUUCAGCAACAACAGCCAGUCUCAGCUAGAAAAUGGUAGUAAUGUGAACAAUGGAAGCAAACAGACAAGAAGCAGUUGUGAAACAUGAAAGGUUUUGCUUUCACUUUGGUACAUGCUUAAUGGAUGCCUUCAGAUCUGGUCUGGUCCUGAUGGAAAACCAUUGUUUUAAAGAUUGAAAAAUAUGGGUUUUUGAGAUUUGCACAUCUUUGCAAAAUCAUGACCUAAUUUUAAAACUUGCCAGACACAAAAUGACUUUAUGUUAUGUCCUGAGCUAAUAAAAAAAUAAACCGGAAAGAGUUAA